AUGGAUUUUGUUACCUAUUUACCACGGACAAUUAGAGGUCAUGAUGUCAUUUGGGUUGUUGUGGACAGGCUAACUAAGAGUGUCAAUUUCUUAGCAAUGAAUUUGAGGAUGUCUAUGGAAAAGUUUGCUCAGUUCUACAUCAGAGAGAUUGUUAGGUUGUAUGGUGCACCGUCAAGCAUAACUAUUGAGAAGGUGAAGCUGAUACAAGAGAGGAUGAGAGCAUCUCAAACUAGGCAGAAGUCGUAUGUUGAUCGGAGACGAAGACCGUUGGAGUUUGUAGUAGGGGAUCAUGUUUUCCUUAGACUGACUCCUACUAGUGUGGGCAGAGCCAUUCGUUCUAGGAAACUAUCUCUCAGGUUCAUUGGUCUUUACCAGAUCUUGAGACGAGUAGGGCUAGUGGCGUAUGAGAUAGCCAUCCCUCCCCAGCUGGUGAAUCAUCAUCUUGUAUUUCAUGUCUCACAACUUAGGAAGUAUGUGCUUAAUUCGUAUCAGGUGUUAGAAGUGAAGGAUGUGCAUGUCAGAAAUUAUCUUUCAGUGGAGGUGCAGCUUGUCAAGAUUGUGGAGAGCCAGACCAAGCAACUUAGAGGAAAGACCGUUAGUCUAGUCGGAGUUGGCUGGGAUAGUAGGACAUGUGACUCUACAUGGGAGUUAGAUCAGUCACUUGUUCUCUUUUACGAGAAGAUUCUCAAAGACCUCAAGAAAGAGUUUUGCUGCAACGGCAAUGUGGUGCAGGACAAGGAGCUUGGCAAGAUAAUUCAGCUCCAAGGUGAUCAGCGCAAGAACGUCUCACACUUCUUGAUCCAGGCAGGCCUUGUCAGAAAGGACCAGAUCAAGAUUCAUGGUUUUUGAUUGUUCUUGUUUUCUGCUGUAUUGUACUGUUUUUCUUGGUGGGGUUCUUUGUUUUGAGGUUUGAAGUUUGAAGUUUGGUUUGUUUCUUUUGUUGGAUGAGUGGUCUUUGAAUAAGUUUGGUUUGGUUGGGUUGGGUUUUCCAAUUGUGAUGAUUGGAUCUCAUGGAUGGUGCUGGUGAACUUGAAUGUGUGAUAAGUUUCAAAUUAAAUUCAAUAAAACUGAUGCUUUGGUUUUCAGAA